AAUAAGCGGGGUGGCGGCUGUCAGCCUUCCGGAAGGCACACGCAGGAGUGCCACACUCCACUUCCAUGUUCGGAUCGUUCGCGACCAACGCUUAAACCGACCUCAAAGGUCCCAACGCCACAUUAUUGACCAAACCACCAACAUCUCCCUCUCGACCUCCACGAUCUCCAAUCCAUUCACCCUUAACCUACCGGAAUCAGCACAUCCUGCCCGGUUACGCGGCCUCGCCGCCUUGCCACCGGAUUUGGCGCAUCAAGCGCGUCGGCGCAUGACCGGAGCCAUAAGUCGCGAUGGGAGUCAUCCGAAAGAAGACUGCCGCGCGCGGGGGUGAGGGAGGCGUGAAAUACGUCUGCGAUGUCUGUUCGGCGGAUAUUACAUCUACGGUGCGCAUCCGCUGCGCGCACGCCGUUUGCAACGAGUACGAUGUUUGUGUGCAAUGUUUCUCCAAUGGGGAGUCGAAUCGCGACCAUAAUCCUGCCACCCACCCGUACCGCGUUAUUGAGCAGAAUUCGGUCCCGAUUUACGAUAGCAGCUGGGGAGCAGAUGAGGAGUUGCUUUUGCUUGAGGGCGCGGAGAUCUACGGUCUGGGGUCUUGGGCUGAUAUAGCGGAUCACAUUGGCGGAUAUCGAGAUAAGGAUGAGGUGCGAGAUCAUUACGUAAAGACGUAUGUCGAGAGCCCUUCGUUUCCCCUACCGAAGCGACAAGCGCCGGAGGAAAUCGACUUGUCAGACGAAGGAACACGGGCACGGUUCCAGCAGCAGAAGAAACAGCGAAUUGAGAAGCGGAAGGAAGAUGCAAAGAAUGCUGUGCCUGCGCUGCCAAAGAAGAAGCCUACAGCUAGUGUGCCGUCAUGUCACGAAAUUCAGGGAUACAUGCCUGGUCGGUUGGAGUUUGAGACGGAGUGGGCGAACGAGGCGGAAGAGGCAGUACAGCACAUGCAAUUCGAACCAGGCGAUGGAAUCAACCCCCGCACUGGCGAGAUGGAGCCCGAGAUGGAGCUCAAGAUGACAGUGAUGGACAUCUACAAUAACCGACUCACGGGGCGUGCGGACCGGAAGAAGGUAAUCUUCGAACACAACAUUCUGGAAUACCGCAAGAACGCAGCCGCAGACAAGAAGCGCACCAAGGAGGAGCGUGACCUUCUCACAAAAGCCAAACCCUUCGCGCGCAUGAUGAACCACGAUGACUUCGAUGACCUCAACAAAGGCCUUAUUGAGGAAUUAAACCUACGCCAAGCUGUGCACCAACUCCAGGACUGGAGACAUAAUCGCGUUGGCGACCUGCGCAGUGGUGAGAAGUACGAGGGCGAUAAGACGUUGCGCGCGCAGAAGACGCAGCCUAUGGGAUCUCUGGACCGUGAGCGCUUUGCGUCGCAGCGCGCGAAGGCUCAGCCAGCAAUGGAGGUUCCUUCCGGUGCUGCGGCGCUUGUGGCUCCCGAGCUACCGCUCAGGCUUCUCCAGAAUGGGCCCAGUGGUAUGGCGAAUGGCGUGAGUAGCGCAGUGGAUACACCAACCGACUCUCCGCGCCCGAACGGCGUCAACGGCCACACCAACGGCAUCUCCACUCCCCUCUCGGUUCGGCAGAAAACAGUCAUCCAGCCGGUACCCGGAAUACAGCCACUUAAUAUCAACCAUGAGAACGCGCCGGAUAUCCACCUCCUGACGAAAGAGGAGAUUGAGCUCUGCCGCACACUGCGACUGCAACCGAAGCCGUAUCUUGCUGUCAAGGAGGCUAUUCUCAAGGAGGCAGUGAAGACGAAUGGGCAGAUGAAGAAGAAGCAGGCGAGGGAGAUUUGUAGGCUUGAGAGUCAGCGCGGUGGAAGGAUCUUUGAAUUCUUCGUGACGAGUGGGUGGAUUGCCAAGGCGUAGUUUUUGUGGGUUACCGGGGUGUAUUGUUAUUGGCGUUUUUAUGGGGAGUGGAGGGAGGCAAGGUGAAAGCGGUUUACUUUGGGAAUACCAGCUGUGACGUUUGGCGUGGCGUUUUUAAGGGAUAUGGGAAAUGAUGUCCGUGGAGGACGGGGUGGCAUAGGGUGGCUUGGGGGGUUGUGCCUCUGUUUGGUAGUGAAAUACUCCUAGGAUAUCAAAUCAGGAAAGCAGAAUUGUACUACUUGGUGGGCUAAAGUACGUGAAAGGGCUGUGGGAAGGGAUAACGAGAAAUAUAGCUGUGGAUCCCCCUCCUCUAUUCCGUUUUCAAUGUGGUGAGCCCACAUACAGGUUCAUCAUUUUACAAUCGCAAUCUCGGUGAGCAAUCGUUCUCAAUUAUAAGCAAAGUAUCUAUGGACGAUAACAACUUGUGGAAGCCCUCAUCUCGCGACUAUACGCACUACAGCUCAAUCCAAUCUGGGUUAGGCUCCCCGAUCAGAUCGAGAUCAUCCUCAGUCAGGGCAGGUUCCUCGUUGCGUAUAUCCGUACCCCCCUUCUGUUCCUCCGUGGAUUCCUCAGUUGACUGAGGCUUGUUGCUGUUUCUGAAUUCGUUCCAAGCUGGGUUAGGAUCCCCAAUCAGAUCGAGAUCAUCAUCAGUCAGGGCGGCUUUCUUGCUAGGUACCCUCCAACCCCUCUUUAGUUUCUCCGCGGAUUUCUUGCUCGAUCCGAACUUGUUGCUGUUUUUGAAUUCCUC